GCUGCUAAUGCCACAUGAUCCAGACAGGACUCGCGCUAGGCUGUCCUGCCCGUCUGAGGACGCUACACACACCGCUCACCCUAAUUGAUUUGAGAUGAAACUUUUGGCUCUCCAGAUCUCGUGUUACUUUGACUGGAUUUUGUGAGGAUGUGACAAGAGAUUCCAUCAAUGGCACUGUCACCAAGUCUACAGUCUGAAUGUGUACCAGAAUGGAGAGCUCAAUGUUGCUGUUGGUGAUGGAUCUGGAGCUUCUGGAAGCCCUGGAGGAUUCCGACAAGACCCUCCAAAAGCAGGAGCCCUGACGGGUGUCAGAGGUUCUGAGUCACUUCAGCACAGUCUUCUCCAGACCUCUGACCCACCAGAACACCUCCACACCCCGAACCAGCUUGCCAACUCGUCUGCUUGCACCAUGGACAAAUCCCAAGUGUCAAAAACCCCAAAAAUGGCCAACACCAGUGGAGCUCACAAUGGCCCCUCCAACAUCCCCUCUAAACGGGCAAAAGUUGCCAACUUGGACCGGUUGGUACCGGACCCCGGGACAAAGGAAGACACCUUCCCCCCUGAUGCGGCCCUUCCGGUCUUCCUUCGUAAACUCCGCAAGGCGGCUGUAGGCACGGGAUGUGACAUCAGGCUGAGGGUGUCGGUGGGGGGACACCCGCGCCCCACCCUGUGUUGGUACCAUAACGAGGAGGAGCUGCAACCCCCCUCGGGUGACGGGGACACGGGGGGGCUGUGGAUCAGGGACUGCAAGCCUGGCGACGCUGGCCUCUACACGUGCGUGGCCACCAACAGUCUGGGGGAGGCCAGGAGCAGCGCUCUGCUAGCCGUGAUGGACCUGGGCGAAGACUCUGAGACAACUGAAGAUGAAGCUACAGAGCCCCAGGUACCCAUGGAAACCAAGGAAGGAUCCGGGAGACAGCAUGAUAAGUCUGGUCGGAGAGUGACUUCAGGUGAGGGAGGCAGAGUGAUGGACCUGGGCUCCGACGGUGUGGACCACAGAGCUACCCUCCCAGGGGGACAUGACCCCAUCGUGGAGAGAGAGCUCAUGGCUCUGGGCUCCAGGCCCCCAGGGCCCCAUGACCCAUCACACGCCGCCAGGACCCAAACUGCUGAUUCCUCCCCAUCUCCAGGCUGUAUAUCCAGCCUUGCAUCUCCCCAGUCCUCCUUCCUAGACCCCCCUCGCAAGAACGGAGUCGCCACACACACUGGCCUGGACCCAGCCCGAGCUGGAGCUGUGGCCAAAACCAGACUCCCAGGGACAACAUUGGUGUCAGAAGUCAGGAGUGACAGAAGGUCUUCAACCCAGACUAGUGGAGGAAGAGAUCCAUCUACCAGUGUAGGAAAUGCUAGCAGUGCUAUCACCAUGACGCCUAAACUUGCACGCACCACUGGCACCAAGAUCUUUGACAAGGUCCGGGUGUUUGAGGAGCGGCGAGGGAGCAGCGUGGAGCUCCCUGGUGGGCUGGGACCAGGGUCAGCAUCGGGCCAGUCCUGGGCCAGGUUUGGCCGGAUGGCAUCCUCCAAUUUAGACGACAGCGGCCAACAGAUGGGAGGUUCGGGAAAGGAGGACGGGGCAAGACAGGAGGCUUCUCAGCGCCGCUCUGUGUUCAAGCAGCAGAGGGCAUCGUCUUUGGAGGACCAAAAGUCCAGCUACGCCCAGAGGGUUCAGAGCUUCCAGAGCAAAUUCACAGAGGAGCUCCAGAGGAUCAAGAAGCUGGUGGGGAAACCCAACCUGAAAAAGGCCUUCUCCACAGAGCAACUGCCCCAAAAGGAAAGGCAUUCCCUGGGCAAGCUAGAGCCUAUCCCCCCCCAGGUGGUGAAGAAGCUGGAGGAGAGAGAGAGGGCCCUUGAGCAGAAGAGAGAAGGAAGGAGAGAGGAUGAAAGAGUGUCUCCCCAAUCCAAAGAGAAGGUUCUAGAUGAUCAAAGGGAAUUUCCCAAACAGGAGAAUGUUCCAGAAUCGCACCCAGAAACAGAGAGGGUGUCAGUGGUUAGCGCAACACCGCAAGCUGUGGGUAAAAUCUUUGUUUCCAUGGAGACUGCACCGGUUUACCAGUUGCCAGGGCAACCAUCAUUAGUAGAGGAGUGGAAAAGCCCAACCAGGGAAACCCUCCAGAGUUCAUCAAGGGAGAGGACUCCAUUCACAGCCCAGAAGCCAGCGUCUGUUCCCCUACUGCCCAGACCUCAGUCCCCUUCCAGUGACCUGGACCAAGCCCAUCCCAGUAGAGAUCCCAGGAUGGAGCACAGGUCCCCCAGCCCCACACCCCAGGGACGACCCCUCACCACUGUCAACCCCUCCAGGCCUCCAAGGCUCACCCCUUCCCCUACUAUUCCUGGCAGUCCUCUGGUGAAGCGGAGAAAAAGUGAGACGGGCAGCGGCUCUCCUGCCCUGAAGCUGACCAUCCCCACCAUCCUGCUGGAAGACCAGCCGAUGGAGGAGGAGGAGGAGGAUGGAGGAAAGAAGGAUGGGUGGAGGAGGACGGAGACUGGUAAAAAGGAGAGGCGGUGUAUCAAGAACAAAAGAAGGUCUCCAAGGUCUCCUGAAGAAGCGGACUCAGACGACUCCUAUAUGUCAGCAGACGAGGGCCCCGUCGAAGCCCCAGAGUUUGAACGACCGCUAAAGGACAUGACCGCCCAGGCAGGGUCAGAGGUCAUCCUCAGAUGUAUCAUCACUGGCAGCCCGCUGUCCAAAGUGACAUGGAAGAAGAGCAACGUGGAGAUAAGGAGCAGCAUGUCGAUGGUGAUGAGGGCGGAGGGGGAGGUCCACUCUCUGGUGAUCAGGCAGAUGCAGCCCAGCGAUGCAGGGACAUACAGCUUAACAGCUGUCAACGCAGCUGGAAAGGCUUCCUGCAGUGCCACGCUUUACAUCAAGUCAGAGCCCACACAAGUGCAGCGUGGGAAACCAACCUCUCCUUUGGAGGUCGGCAGCCCCAUCCAAUCAGACGAGGAGUACCUGAGCCCCUUGGAAGAGGUGAUGGAGGCGGGGCCUCAGAGUAAACAUGUCACCUUCAGAGAACCACUCUCUUUCCAGGUGUCUCUGACCGACCAUGUGGUUACUGAGGGUCAGGACGUCACCAUGACGGUCAAAGUCAGAGGCCAACCCAAACCCGUGAUCUACUGGUUGCGGGACAAGGUCACUCUGAAGACGGCCGGACGCUUCAUCAUUCAGGAGACGGAGGACAACGGCGAUAGCUCCACCAGCAAGAUGAAAAUCACCUCGGCCCAGCGCUCAGACGCAGGGCCAUAUAUCUGCAAGAUCAGCAACGAGUACGGAACCAAGCAGUGUGAAGCGAGGCUGGAGGUCAAAGUCCACACGGUCCAGAUGGUGUUAACCAUCACCCAGCAGGUCCGUGACGUGUCAGUGAAGGCGGGAGAGUCGGCCAUGUUUGAGUGUCACAUGACUGGGCCCAAGGAUGUGGAGGUGGACUGGUUGGCCAAUGGGAAGCUGAUCCAACCAGCGCUUCUCAACUGCAAGAUGCACUUCGAUGGGAAGAGGUGUCGACUUCUGCUUAACUCAGUACAUGAGGAUGAUAGUGGGACCUACAUGUGUAAACUGAGCACAGUUAAAGAGGAGUUGACCUCCAGCGGCACUCUCAAGGUCACACCCUCCAGAGAGCCCAUGUUCACCAGGAAGCUGGACAUCCUAGAGGUCAUCGAGGGUCGCACAGCUCGAUUUGACUGCAAGGUCAGCGGGAUGCCACCACCCAAGGUCACCUGGAACCACUUUGAGAACCUGGUGGAGGAGAGUGAGAACGUGCGCAUCCUGCAGGAGGGUGGGCGCCACUCGCUGGUCAUCGCUCACGUGACCAGUGAUACCGAAGGCUUCUUCACGGCCAUCGCCCGGAACGUCCACGGGAAGGCGGACUGCGCUGCGGAACUCUACAUGCAGGAGCCAAGACAAGCCAUCUCCUCACACAUGGCCAAGCUGGAGAAGAUGCCAUCCAUCCCAGAAGAGCCUGAGGUCCUGGAGAGUGAGGUGGAGAAGAGGACCAUGCCGGACUUUGUCAAACCCCUGUCUGACCUGGAGGUGAUUGAGGGGAAAGAGGCUGUUCUAAGGUGCAAGGUAGCAGGCCUGCCCUACCCGACCAUCGCCUGGUACCACAACGGCAAACGCAUCGACAGCACAGAGGAGCGCAAAAUGACCCAGUACAGGGAUGUCUAUAGUCUGGUGAUCAGGAGUGUGUGUCACGCCCACAGUGGCGUCUACAAGAGCGUCAUUUCCAACAAGCUGGGCAAGGCUGCGUGCUAUGCACACCUGUACAUUAUAGAUAUUGUUCCUGACCCCCCUGACGGGCCACCAGUGGUAGAGUCCAUUACAGGGAAGACUAUAACACUGAGCUGGAAGAGACCAAAGAGACUUGACCCGUCAAUAGACUCCAGUUCCCUGCUCUAUGCUGUGCAGCAGCAGGCUCUGGGCUCUAUCCAGUGGACCAUCAUUGCCUCCAACCUGAGAGAGACCAGCUACGCCGUCUCCUCGCUAUCCAAGGGUGUCCGCUACGCCUUCCGGGUCCUGACCGCCACCUCCAAGGUCCUCAGCAAACCCUCACCCUCCACAGACCUGGUGCAGCUCAUGGACAGAGGUCCUUAUCUGAGAAAAACGCCAAUCAUCAUGGACAAACCAGAUAGAAUGUAUGUGGUGGAGAACCAAUCAGUGACCAUCACUAUAACGCUGAACCAUGUCCAUGCGGUGGUCACCUGGAAAAGGCGUGGGGUGGUGUUGCUGAACAAGCCAGGGAUGUAUGAGAUGAGCAUGCCUGAUGACGACCAGCACUCGCUCAAGAUCCAACGGGUCAGGAGUACAGACACCGGCCAGUUGGUCAUCACGGCUGCCAACCAGUUUGGCAGCGACCUCUGCACCCUCCAGCUGGCUAUGGCAGUGCCUCCCAAGUUUGAAACCAUCAUGGAGGAUCUGGACGUCCAUGUUGGAGAAACGUCUCGCUUUGCAGUGGUGGUGGAGGGAAAGCCUGACCCUGACAUCCUCUGGUACAAGGACGAUGUACUCCUAUCAGAGAGCAGUCACUUCACCUUUGUGUACGACGACGCAGAGUGUUCCGUGGUGGUUCUGAACGCCCGGCCAGAAGACUCUGGGGUGUACACGUGUACAGCUAAGAACCUGGCUGGAUCCAUAUCCUGCAAAGCAGAACUCACAGUACACACAGAGAGAAAAAAAGUAGUGGAGCCAGUGGAGGACGAGGCAACCAUCCUGAGGAAAAUGAGGAGACUGACUGAUUACUUCAACAUCCACAAGGAGAUAGGCCGGGGGGCCUUCUCGUAUGUGAAGAGAGUGGUCCAGAAGAAAGGAAAGUCAGAGUUUGCCGCCAAGUUCAUCUCGGCGCGGGCCAAGCGGAAGGCGUCUGCCCUCAGGGAACUGAGCUUGCUGUCAGACCUGGACCACCCGAGGAUCCUCUACUUCCACGACGCCUUCGAGAAGAAGAACAUGGUCGUCAUCAUCACGGAGCUUUGCCAGGAGGAACUGCUGGAGAGACUGAGCAAGAAAACCUCUGUAAUGGAGUCUGAGAUCCGGUCCUGUAUCCGCCAGGUGCUGGAAGGUCUGAGCUAUCUCCACCAGAAAGACAUUGCUCAUCUGGACAUCAAGCCUGAGAACAUACUGAUGGCAGACUCUGCCAGCGACCAGAUCCGUCUGUGUGACUUUGGCAAUGCCACAAGACUGGAGGCCAGCGAGACCCACUACUGCAAGUAUGGCACGCCCGAAUUCGUUGCCCCGGAGAUUGUUAACCAAACGCCUGUCUCCAAGGCAACAGACAUCUGGCCUGUUGGGGUGAUAACUUAUCUCUGCCUGACAGGCGUGUCUCCGUUCGCUGGUGAGAAUGACCGGAGCACGGUGCUGAAUAUCAGGAGCUUCAACGUGGCGUUUGAAGAGAGCAUGUUCAGCGGCCUGUGCAGGGAGGCCAAGGGCUUCGUCAUCAAGCUGCUCGUGUCUGACAGCCUGAGGCCUACUGAUACAGAAUGCCUUCGACAUCCCUGGUUCAAGUCCACCAACAACAAGAAUAUCCACACAGCCAUGCUAAAGCAAGUACAGUCUCGUCGACGGUGGCAGCGCUCUCUUAUUAGCUACAAGUCAAAGAUGGUGAUGCGCACCAUCCCAGAGUUGCUCAACGAUUCGUCGAGCCACAUCUCCAUUGCCGUGCCCCGCCACCUCAAAGAGGGCUCGCCUCCGCCCUCCUCGUCCUCCGACUCCGAUGAAGACGUGGACGAGCUGCCCUUCAUCCCCAUGCCCCUGUCCAUGGCCUUCUCUGGCUCCCGCGUCUCCCUCAAUGAGUUACCCGGGGACGAUGACCUCUCCUCUGCCGGACGCUCCAACGGGACAAUAGAGGGGGCAGGGUUAGCCCCGCAAAAAGAAGAGGAGCCCAUCGCGGCGGCCAGAAAUGAUGGUGGCGGUGUGAGAGGCAGGACUAGGAAGAGGAUCCCAACGAGGGAGGAAGAGGAGGAGGGGGGGUCGUCGGAAGAGGAGAAGAUGGAGGCGAAGACGAGGAAAGUCCCCUUAAAGAAGGGAUCAAGCGUGGAAACGGACGAGUCGGAGAGCAAGUCGAGGAGGCGGACGAUGAGAAGAGGCAGCUCGGCGGACUCCGCCCUGCUGCUCCACAUUGAGCCAGAGGAGGGCACUGUAGAGGCGGACGCCAACCCAGCAGGCCAAAGGAAUCUGAAGAAGGCCGUGUCCAUGGAGCUGCCAGGCCGCAGCCCCAGCCCGGGGACGGCCAGGCUCAGCCAGGAGGACUACGCCUUGAAACUGGAGCUGAUGAGGCAGAGGCUUCUGAGGGGAGGGAACUCCGACAAGAAGAUGAGCGGACUCCGAGGGCCGCUGUUCGAAACGCUAGGGAUGGACGAUGAAAGGCGGACCAGAUCGCUCGACCGGAACCUGAGGAGAUCCAGGUCGGGUCAACCCGCGGAAGCGCCACUCACCAAGGCAGUAUCUUCCGACGGCCCUCUGGAGGACACGCCAAAGACCAAAGUGUUCAGGAAAAGUACAUCGUUCACCCAGGGGGACUCAGAGCCCAUGCCCCUGCGCCGGCGCUUCGGAGGCCCGUUAGAGAUCCCCUCAGCAGGGCAGAGCAGUGGGACUACUGGGGCCGCUACGAAGCUCCAGGAGGCCACCUCUGUGUCAGCUCUGACAGAGCAAACCAAGCUGGAGUCCAGACCAGCUUCUCCAAGAGGACCCUCUUCCUCCAUCCUGCCUGGCCCAGAGAGAAAAGACCAACAGGCACGAGAGAAGACUAGACCGCAGGAGACGGACAGAAGCCAGGAUGACAUCGCAGGAGAUAAAAGCACUGAGAGAAGGACCAAAGUCACAGAGGAAAGAAGAGGAGGUGUUCCAGAACCGCAGAGGGCUCCUUCCCAGGAGAGGUCUCCCUCUGUAUUAGCUCCCAUCAUUGUCAUAGAGAAAGAGGACGAUAAGGAAGACCAGAAUGACGAAAAGAAGAUAAAAAUGAGUCAAAAUGAAAAGAAAACUAGCAAGGGUUCCCCUUCCGGCUCAGCGAAAGAAAGGAAAACAUCAGCUUACGCUGACACCAUGCAGGCCAUUGUCGUGCCCUCCGGUAAACGGUCUGACAUCCAAGCCCAUGCUCCCUCUGGCACCUUCACACCCUCACCCUCCAAACCCACUGACUCCCCAGUGUCCCCUGAGCACCCUGCUGUCUUUGCCAAAGUGGCGAUCAUCAGCGAACGCAGCCCUAGUGUCUCCUCCAACGUUUCCUCCUCCUCCACCACGGUGCCGGACCGCCCCACCACGCCCCGCCAGCCCCUCCUCAGGACCGACAUCAAGGACAUAGACUCAGAGGAGCUGUUCGAGGCCCGAUUCAAGAAGCGCGAGUCGUCGCUAACCCGUGGCCUGCGCAGACUGACCAGGGCUAAGUCGGAGGAGAAGACAUCCCCGGUGCUGGGGCGGAAGGCCGGGGAAGGCGGAGAAGAGGUGUACCGUCCAGGGGCCCUGGGGGCCCCUCUGGAGAUGGUGUCCGUUGGACUCCAAGAGAAGUCCAAGUCUGUGCAGGACUUGAGGGAGGUUGAGAAGGACCCGGGACUUGGCCUGAUUGGACGGUUCUCCAUGAGGGCGAAGAGGACGUCGUCUGUAGAUAAAAAGGAGGAGAAAACCAAAGAGGAGAAGAUCAAGGAAGAGAAACCGAAGGAGGUGGUGGAGCCCUCGGCCAGCAAGCGCAGAGUGACCUGGGCUAUUGGGCGCAGCAAGUCUCUGGACACAAAGGACCUUGACAGUGGCCAGCCAAUCAGGCAACAGGAGGAGAGAGAUUGUCGGAAGGUGGAUGACUCAUCUGUCUCGGCCAUGAGGCGAAAAUUUGAGUCCAAGGUGGCGAGUAUUUCCUCCAAGAUCAGGACCCAGUCAGAAGAAAGGAAGGAGAGGAAAGAAGAAAAGGAGAAAGAGAAAGGGAAAGAACAGCUUGGGGCACGUUUAGAAGAAGACAACAGCAAAGAGCAAGUAGAGAAAGAUCUUAAGAAGGUCAGUGAUUCGCCUGUCCUGGCCAUGAGACGGAAGUUCGAGAACAAGAUGGCUGUAAUCUCUACCAAGAUGAGGAGCCAGUCAGAGGAGAGGAAGGGUGGUGAGAUGGAGGGAGGGAAAACUGAGGGGAAGAGAACUCCCCUGUUCUCGCGCCAUCGCCAUUCCCAUUCCGAGGGUGGCGGUCUGAGGGGUAUGGGCAUCCCGGAGAAUGAGCUGGCCAAACAGACGGGCACGGAGGCGUCCAGGGAAUCCGUCAACUCCACGACAAGCAACCAGUCUGAGAAGGUCGCCUCCCACACCCCAGAGGUCGACCGGAGGUCACGCUGGGACAGGUGGGGUCUCAGUCGAAACAAGAAGGACAAAACCCCAUCUCAGACUGACCUGCCCUCCUCCGCCACCAAAGAGGAGGAGCCCUCACGCAGCCAAUCGUCUUCUCGCUCGACCUCGGACUUCCCACCUGUUUUUCAUAUCAAGCUGAGGGACCACGUGCUAUUGGAGGGAGACCCUGUCACUCUUAGUUGCCUCCCUGCUGGAAGUCCCCACCCACAGAUCACCUGGUUGAAAGAUAAGUGCCCCCUUGAGUUGGACGAUCGUAUGAACCUGAUCUCGCACCCAGACGGCCGACAGCUGCUUACCAUCAUGAAGACGGGGAGGAGGGACGGCGGGCUGUAUGAGUGUGUCGCCACCAACACCCUCGCCACCAUCACCAGCUCCUGCACGCUAUCCCUCGCCUGUGUUCCUAAGCGACCAGGGACCCCUGAGGUCCCCCAGACCUACAACAACACAGCCCUGGUGCUAUGGAAGCCAGCUGACACCAAGGCCCCCUGCAGCUACAUCCUGGAGAGGAAGACGGAGGGAGAUACUAACUGGUUGAUCAUCGCCACGGGCGUGGGUGACUGCUACUACAACGUCACGGACCUGCCUGCAGGGGGCGUGUUCAGGUUCAGGGUGGCUUGUGUCAACAAGGCAGGACAGGGGCCCUACAGCAACUGUUCUGACAAAGUCAGCCUGGAUGCCACAGUUGGACUAUCCUCACCAACAGUUGCCAUAGUAAAGACUGUACCCGCCCCCUUAGCUCCAAAUGUUUCCUCCUCAAUCACCACCCCCCCCCUCAAACCAAUCCAAAUGACACCCCAUUAUAAAACGGUGUCCUCCAUCUCCCCCUCCCCCACUCCCUUCCCCCUUCCUCCCUCCACUCCUCCACCCUCUAACUCUUCCAGCACUAUCACUGAGACAUCCCCAGGUACACCCACAAACGUCACCGCCCCGACCCCCCCUUUGUCUCUCCCUCCUCCCCCCAUGGUCAAACCCCCGCCUCCCUUCGUCCUUCCCAAGCCCCAGAGCCCAGUCAAUGUGGUGCCCCCCAUGACCCAGACCCCCCCUACAUCCCCUCUUCCCCUGGUCAGCCCCCCUCCCACCCCCACCAAGCCCGUCCUGGCCUCCAUCCCUUCCUACGUACCUGCCACCACCGCCCGAGUGACCCCCACCCCCUUGGCAGCCCCCUCCUUCUCUCCCCAGGUGCUCCAAGUGUCCAGUCUCAGUCCCUUUGGGGAAGGGACCAGUACCCCGUCCAGAGGCACCCCAUCUGGCCGUAUUACCCCCUCCACCUCCCUCCGCCAGGGGGUCCCUCAGAAACCCUACACCUUCCUGGACGAGAAGGCCAGGGGUCGGUUCGGGGUGGUCAGGGAGUGCAGAGAGAACUCCACUGGGAACAUCUAUAUGGCAAAGAUUGUCCCCUAUGACCAGGAGACCAAACCAUUUGUGUUACGGGAGUACGACAUCCUCAAGUCUCUGCACAACGACAAGAUCAUGGCUCUGCACGAGGCCUACGUCACUCCACGCUACCUGGUCCUGGUGGCAGAGUACUGCAAGGGCAAGGAGCUGCUCUACUGCCUUAUGGACAGGUUGAGGUACUCUGAGGAUGACGUGGUGUGUUACCUGGUGCAGAUCCUGCAGGGUCUGGAGUUUCUUCACAACAGACGCAUCCUGCACCUGGAUCUGAAGCCUGACAACAUCAUGGUCACACACCUCAACGUGAUCAAGAUCGUGGACUUUGGCAGCGCUCAGGACUUCAACCCGCUGUCUCUGAAGCAGUACAACCCAGGGCUGGGGACUCUGGAGUACAUGGCCCCUGAGAUGGUGAGGGGAGAGGUUGUGGGUCCCACCGCAGAUAUCUGGAGCCUGGGGGUGCUUACUUACAUAAUGAUGAGUGGCAGACUACCUUUCCAGGAUAAGGAUCCCCAGCUUACAGAAGCUAAGAUCUUGGCAGCUAAGUUUGACCCAACCAAGCUGUACCCCAACAUCUCCCAAAGUGCCUCCACCUUCAUUAAGAAGAUGCUGAGCAGCUAUGCCUGGGCCCGUCCGACCACUAAGGACCUCUUCACCCAUGCCUGGCUCCAGGACUCCUAUCUGAUGAAGCUACGCAGACAGACUCUGACCUUCACCACUGCCCGCCUCAAAGAGUUCCUGGGGGAGGACGAACGCCGCCGUGCAGAGUCCUCCACCAAACACAAGGUUCUACUGCGUUCCUACCAGACCUCGCCACAUCUGCCCACCUCGCCCACACCCUCCCCACAACUACCUGGCACGCCAGGCGCUGAGUGAGCGUCAGCUAGGGGCCAAGAGGUGAGGGUAGUUAGGGUUCAGAUAUAGCUGGCUCCUGUUUGUUCCUGGACGUUAAGAGGGAACACACUUUGUGAGGCGAGGGGGAAAUGAUAAGGGCCCCAGCUUGGAUAGGACCUGGACAAAUCUGAAUGGAUGGGAUUCACAUGGCCACUGCUGAUCUAUCGAUGGCUUUGGCUGUGGGUCAGGUAUGGAGGCUGUGUGUCUUGGAGUGACCUGGAGUUGGAUGAGCAUUUGAUCCUUACAGCAGUCCACCUAUUCUGUUCCAGAGAAAUAGACAUAAGGUUAAAGCUGGGAACAGUUGCGAUGAGAAAUGACCCUGAUGUACCCUAAUGGGAGGAAAUGACCCUGUGAUAUCAUACUGAUCUGUUUCUAUCCUACAGGGUUCUAUGGCAUCAAGACAAAAUCAAUCUCAAAGUGAAUCAUCACUUCGUUGAGUCAAGGAAAAACAACACUGCUAAUGGACAGAUGUUUUUAAAGUUUGUUUUACAUGUUCUGUUGACUUGAUUGGCAUGAUUUGGUUGUUUGAGGACAACUGUCUACUACCCUGAGUAUUCUCUGUGUAUGUGUCUGCAAUUUAGAACCACUCAGUUAACACAAAAUAUAUUACGGUUUGACAGAUUUGUUCAGCACAAUUAAACUGGGACAUUAUUUAUCUGUUUUUAGAGCACAGACUUGUUUUGACAGUUCGUAUAUUUGGUAGUGAUUAUGUGAAAGUACCAUAAUGUAUGCUAAUUUAUGCUGCUAAUUUAUGUUGCAUUUAUUUACAAUUUUUUUUUAAUGCAAAACCAAAAAGAAUUGUAUGUUUUCUCUCUUCCUGGAAUUGUAUGAGAAGUUUCCCUCUUUUUUCAUGUUAAUUUAUUUGCAUGUGUGCAUUUCUUUGGGUUUAUUUUUCUGAAUUUCUCCUGGAAAACUAAGCAACUAUACAAGUGCACCUUCAUGAUCAAUGUUUAUAGGAUUAUAAUAAUAAAUAUACCUGUAAUUUAGAAUUACUUAGGUUAGUCUGUGAUACAACAUGAAUGUCCUGUUAAAGUAAAGAUACUGAGGUUAAAGUUCUACUGCAAUCUUAUUUCACUAUUGUAAAACGACUUCAACAAUGUAGAUAAAUAUCAAUGAGGUGUCAGUUGGACCACAGUGCUCCCUGGUGGUGGUUUAGGUUACUCUAGACUUGGUCAAUCUGUUAGUGCCUCUAUCGGUUUCGAUGACGUGAAAACACAAAACUUUUAUUUUGUAAAUCCGUCGUCAUGGCUUAUUCACAAUAGGUGAGGUGUGCGUUUGACUCGUUAUUGACUUGUCAUAUCAUAAUAACUGAUACCAUCUCUUAUGGACGAAAACAUUUACUUAUAUACUCAUUUUUGUGGUCGAAGAAAAACUCUUGUGAAUCUCUCCCAUACAGUGUUUCUCUUUUGUACAAAUUUGAAUGGCUGAAGAUUUGUAAAUGUCUCGAUUUGCUGUGUUUAUAAAGUGGAAAAGGUUUGAAAUGUU